AUGUCUGAUAAAGUUUUUAACACAACUUUGGCAUAUACAAAGAGUCCAAAAGUCACCAAAAGAACUACUUUCCAGGAUGAACUAAUAAAAGCAAUUACAGCUCGCUCAGCCAGACAAAGAAGUUUUGAGUACUCAGAUGACUUUGACAGUGAUGAGAUUGUUUCCUUACGUGAUUUUUCUGACACCUCAGUAGAUGAAAAUUCAGUUAAGAAAAUGAUUAAUGAUUUUCAUAUAUCAGAUGAUGAAGAAAAGAAUUCUCCAAAACUGUCUUUUUUGAAAACCAAGAAAUCAGUCAAUGAUGUGAGGAAAGAUGAGCCAGUCGUCUCUAUCAAAAAUGAUGAGAUGGCACCUGAUGGUUGUAAAAGCAUGAUUGUAAAUCCCUUAUCUGAAUCUCAAAAUAAACAACAAGAAACUGAAAAAGAGAAAAUUAAAAUGGCAACGAAACAUCUUCCAAUCAAAAGCGCAUCUUCAGAAAAUAACAGCAGCCUUGAAGCAGACAACCACUUUAAGCCUUCACCUCGGCCAAGGAGCAUGUUGAAAAAGCACAGCCACAGGGAGGAGAAAGACAGGCUAGGAGAAGACAAAGACACUGCCCUCCAUGAAGAAUUAGAGGCACAUUCUGCGCCAUCGUUCCUCCCAAGGCUGAAUGGCAGACAACCAGAAACUGAGGAAAAUGUAUUCUCUGAAAACCUUGACCCUGAGGAUGCAUGGUUAACAUGUCUAUCAUCAUCAUCCCUUAAAGAAAGUCUUGGAAAUUCCUUUUCACUAGUAUCUGGGGAAAAAGCCUCCAUUACAGAUCAGAAUGAAGAAUGCACUGAAAACCAUAAUUCCUUGAAAUCAAUUAAAAAUGAAGAGAACUCAUUUUUGAUAGACUUUGUUACUACACUUGAGAAACCCAAGGAAAGUCAAGUGACUACUGGUGACCUUGAAGAAGAAAAGGAGAAAGCUGAACUGAUUAUGAAUAAUGACUUAACGUUUGAUGAUCCACCACUAUUUCAACUUCAGAGUAUCUUAUGCACUGAGUCUGUAAAGAAAAUAAUUCAAGAUAGAAAUAUGAAGAAUAAAAAGUCAACAAAUAAUAGAGCAUCCAAUGCAUCUAGCAGAUUAGUGACCCCUGAGUUCUUAAAGAAACCUGGUUCUCUAAGGAGAACUCCGUUGACAGUUCCCACGUCUCACUAUUUAGGGACUUUGAGAGUCUUGCACCAAAAGCCUUCACAGAAACAGAACACAGAACCUGACGGAGCAGAUAACAUAAGGGCAGCUGUUUAUCAGUGGUUAGAAAAGAAAAAUGUUUAUUUACAUGAAAUGCACAGAAUUAAAAGAAUCGAAAGUGAAAACUUAAGGAUUCAAAAUGAACAGAAAAGAGCUUCUAAGAGAGAAGAAGCCUUAGCAUCAUUUGAGGCCUGGAAAGCCAUGAAAGAAAAGGAAGCAAAGAAGGUAGCUGCAAAAAAAAUGCUUGAGGAAAAAAACAAGAAGAAAACUGAAGAAGAAAGUGCUGUGAGAAAAAGAGGAGCACUGCAAAAAGUAACUGAACUUUUUCAGUCUUUUGAAAAAUGGAAAGAGAAAAAGAUGGAAUAUCUUAAAGAGAAAAGUAAAAAAGAGAAAGAAUAUGAAAGAGCUAAGAAACAGAAAGAGGAGGAAACUGUUGCUGAGAAAAGGAAAGAUAACUGCUGUUGAAAAAUGGUAAUCCAAAAUAAUAAAUGGAUGAAAAAAAAGGACGCUUUUUUCAAGGAAAAGGAAAAAGAGAAAAUAAAUGAGAAAAGAAAAGAAGAACUGAAAAGAGCUGAGAAAAAAGAUAAACAAUCUCUUGAUGAAUAUGAAAAAUGGUUGGAAAAAAAAGAAAAGAAGGAAAGAACUGAACGAAAACAAAAGAAACAUCAUCAUCCUUUUCUUGAAAAUGAGGCACUUCCUCCAUGGAGCCCUCCAAGCAGAACUGUGUUCUCAAAAGUGUCCUGAUAAUUCUUACUCUUGCAUUAUUUAGUUAUUUAUCAAUUCACCAAUUUUAGCCAAUCUAAAUUUAAAACUAUUAAUUCAAUUAUUUAUAGUUAGAAGAGUCUAUUUUAAUUAAAUGCCAGUCACUUCUGCUGACAAUGAAAAAGAUGCUUUAGAGCUUAAUCAGUGAAAGCAUUGAAAGCAUUUUAGAACUGUAGAUAAACUGCUUCAAAUGAAGAGCUAAUAAUCAGAUUGCUUUUACCAUUGAAAUACAUAACCCUUUAUCAUGUUCUGAUAAUUCUUAUAGUCUGAUGAUCCAUGAUCACUUUCCCUAACCUGUUCAUGUUAUUAGUAUGUUUAUUCUCCAAUAUAAAAAGAAAACCAUCUAGGUACCAUAAUCAUAGAAAUAAUUGAUUUUGCGAAUGAUUGCACAUCUGGAUUCGGGUUUUAAAAUGAAUGGUCACUGGGGAGUAUGCAUAUAUUGUUUCUUCUAAAACAAAUCUUUAGUUCAAAGUAGUUGCAUUUGCACUGUGCAAGUUAGAAUUUUGGUCAACUGAAGCAGUAGUUCAGUAGAAUCAUCCAAUCACUGAGGCAUUUCAUUUAAGAAUGUUGCCAUAUAUAUAUAUAUAUAUAUAUAUAUAUAUAUAUAUAUAUGUAUAUAUAUAUAUAUAUAUAUAUAUAUAUAUAUUUGUGGUACGCAGGCCUCUCACUGUUGUGGCCUCUUCCGUUGCAGAGCACAGGCUCCGGAUGUGCAGGCUCAGUGGCCAUGGCUCAUGGUCCUAGCCGCUCCACAGCAUGUGGGAUCUUCCCGGACCGGGGCACGAACCCGUGUCCCUUGCAUUGGCAGGCGGACUCUCAACCACUGCACCACCAGGGAAGCCCUGCCAUAUGUUUUAAUAUGAGUAUUCUUUAUCCGUUCCUGCUUAAGUGAAAAUCAUAGGCACUUUAUAAUGAGCAGACCUCUGAAAUGUGUCUUCCUAAAUUCUAUCUCACUUUACUAUUUCAUUGAUAUCAAAAGAUGUCCAUUUCAUGGUAAUUAUAUACAUUACUUAUGGAAAUUCCACAAGAGUCCAAGGUCAUUAUCGCUGUUUUUAUUUUCCAGACUAAAGCCAUAAAGAUGAUAAUGGCAAUUUUUGUCCUCUUAGCUAAUCCAGAGUCAUCUACCUUAUAUUUAGAAGACAGCUGUAUGGGAAGGUAAUUUGUAGAAAAUGUCCAAAGAAUCUAUUUUUUAAUUUGAUCUCUGCAUAUCCUUAUUAAUCGGACUCAUACUUGAACUGGUCAACUAGUUUAUCACAGACCAAAUAUAUGCCCUCAGAGUUGAAAUGCUACUGCAGCCAAUGAUGCAAUGCAAUGAUAGAUGAGAAAAAAGUUACUAUUUAUGAAGCACCUGUUGUAUCCUCUCUACUAGAUCUUUACAAGUAUUAGUUUUUGUCUUUACAACAACUAUUCAGAGUACAUGUUAUUAGCUUCAUUUUGCAGAUAAAAAUACUGAGACUCAGAGAAAUCAAAUAACUUACCACACAUUUAGCAUGUGACUGAGCUGGGAUUAGAGCUAAUGAAGUCUCUCUACCUCUAGAAUUCAGAUGCUCAUGUUCAUGCUCUCAUGUGACCUCAGAGAAUUGUAAAUUCUGUCAAGACCUCUGUAUUAUAUCAACCUUAAAAACACAUUUUACUUCUCAGAUCCUAAAAUCAUAUAUUGUUAUCCAUAGAUUAUCUUUCCUUUAAGAAAUAGCUGUUUGUUAUUAGAGACAGUUAACCUCAUUAGAUCUUCAAAUGAAAAAAAUAAUUCAUAGUAUUUAAGGAGUUAGUCAAAUGCCCGUGUCUAGUAUUAGAAUGUCAGAGCACCCAGCGAGUUAUGGAACUUAGGCUUUCAGACAGUUACUUGGGAGGUUUCACACUCUGAGGAUUAGCCUUCUUGCUGCAGUGGAUGUGCAAGGUAAGAAAGGUGUCGUGGAUCACUUUGUAAGAUCACAUCAGUGCUACAGAUAAAUUUAAAAUUUCAUAACUAAAACUGAAAGCCUUUUUAUACUACUGGAACUAGGAGAAUCUGUCAUGAAAUUGAACUAAUUACCAGCAGUAUCAGUAUGGGAUUUAGGGCCUCCCUUAUUUCAUUUGUGUGUCCCCCACAGUACCAAACAGAAAAGAGUAAGUAUUUAUUGUAUUGAAUUCUAUUCGUAGCUUAAAAGAUAUUUGCAAAUUCCAGGGAAGUAAAAGGAAAAAUAGAAAAAUGUACAGCUACUUUUAUGAAUGUGAGAUCUUAAGUGUUUGUCAUAGAUUUCACAAUAAAUAUUGACAAGCAUUCUGAACAUUUCUUCUAAUUUAUCAUGCAUAGUGGAUUAACUAUUAUCACCUCUGAGUUGUGAGAAUUGAAGUUAGUUAAUUAAUAUAAAGAAUAUGGCACAUAAGAAAAGGCUUAAUAAAUGUUCAUUGUUUGCACUUACUUCCUAGCUUGAGCCGUUUGUUUCCCCACCUCAUGUUUGUGAGAAGGUUAACAUGGAUGAGGCUGAUGAUGAUGAGUUAACAUUUCACUUGGUUGGCAUAUAAGAAGAAAUCUCUGCUUUCCUCGCCAGUCUAUGUUGUAGCACUCAAAUAUAGAGGUGACCUGUGUUUGGGACCUUCUAAAAAGAAACCUAAAUACUAAUUCCUUAGCAUUGCUUGUGAGGUCAAUGAAAAGGGAAAUUGAGGUGUUUGCAAAGACCCAACAAGUCAUUUCCCUCAAAUGGAAUUUUCGUCUUACUACGCUAAAUAAUAUAUUAUUUCCUGUUUACAAUAAGCUGUGCUGAUUGAAUUGUCUAGUUGAGUGAAAUCACCUCUUUGCUUAUAGCAGAAAUAAAGUUGAGUUCUCGGAGCUGGAUGAAAAUACAGUGCUAUUUACUUUCUGAGAUCCAAAGGGGAGAAUCAAGCCAGGUAAUAUUCUCCUGAAUAUAUUUGUCUACUUAAAUUGUAUGCUUUCCCCAUAUUUCCUUAGAAAUUAUCAGAUAUCAAUAUCAUUAACUUCCAUUAAGUUUUUGUUAUAGUAUGAGGGAAUGUUAAUUCAAAUUAAAGACACUAAAAACCUAUAGAUUUUCAGAUUAAACUUCUAGUUGUGUAAACUGUAU